AUGCCUAGUCGAUGUUGCGUACCUGGAUGCAAUAGUAAUUAUGAUUCCACUUUAAAAGCAAAACAAAACAACCGCAGCAUCAGCGUUUUUAAAUUUCCGAAAAAUGAGCAACGAAAACAAGCGUGGAUAAAAGCAAUCCCACGAUGUAAAGGGAUGGAGGAGUACCAAUCAAUCGGCGAUUUUGAACCUUCAUCCUCAAGUGUAGUUUGUCAAUUACACUUUAAUUUUAAUGAUGUGAUUAUGUAUGAUAAACAUUUACAACCUGAUGGAAGUACCAAAGAACUUCUUUUAGCUAGACCUCGUUUGAAAGAGGAUGCUGUCUCUAGUAUAUUUCCUAAUUUGCCUUCAUAUUUAUCAAAACCCGUAGUCAAAGAACGGACGGAUCCCCAAUCCAGGAGAGAAGCUGUUUUUAAAAGACAGGAUGAAGCUGUUGCAAGUUUUCUUAAAACAGAUGUUGUAAACAGUUUUAAUGAUUUAGCCAAAGAUUUUAUGGAUAAACUUGAUUUGUCUGGAUGGGAAUUUAAAAUUACUGAUAAUACAACAUCAUUUCGUAUUGAUGAAAAUCUCCAGAUACAAAUUCACGUACAAAAGGAGGAAUUAACUCCAAAUGAUUUGAAAUGGAUUUUUCUUUAUGACCUUAAAAUAUCAAAGUGGUCCCAACUGAUAAAUUUAUUAUCACGAUAUAAGAAUUCUGGCUGGCCCAAAUACACCAAGAAUCUGGAAGUAUUGACAGAAGACCAGGACAAGGCCGUCGAAGGGUAA